CUAUCAACAAUUGGUCGAUGUGAGUAUGCAAAGACUUGUGCACUUCUGGUACAGUUGUUUGAGCAGACUGCACAGCGAUAUCAAGAACAUAUAUCUGCACGAAUGAAUAACCGUUCUCAGCAGCACUCCAUGGAGGAAAUGGCAAUUUUAGAAGGACAACUGACUUGGUUGGUAUACAUGAUUGGAUCAGCAAUAGGUGGCCGUGUAUCUUUCAACACUAGUGAUGAUCAUGAUGCAAUGGAUGGAGAAUUAGUUUGCAGAGUCCUACAACUAAUGAACCUGACUGACUCGUGUCUGCCUCAAGGAGGAUGUGAACGCCUUGAAUUAGCCACAAUCUCUUUUUUUGAGCAGUUCCGCAAGAUCUAUGUAGGUGAUCAGGUUCACAAAACCUCUAAGUUCUAUCGCCGCCUAUCAGAGAUACUUGGGCUGAAUGAUGAAUCUAUGGUGUUGGCUGUGUUUGUGAGAAAAAUCAUCACUAACUUGAAGUACUGGGGCCACUGUGAGCAGAUUUUGACUCGAACUCUAACACUUUUGUCAGACCUUUCCAUCAGUUACAAUAGUGUGCGUAAACUAGUGAAACUUGAGGAGGUUCAGUUCAUGCUCAACAAUCACACGAGAGAAUUCAGAGUGCUUAAAGAGUCUGGUCCUCAAAAUAGUGAACACUUCCCAUUCUUGGGGGUGGGUGUGUCUGUGCAGGAGAUGAGAAGUCGGACGUUGUUUUACACAUCACUUGGGCGGCUGUUGAUGGUGGAACUGGGUGAAGAUGAAGAGAAGUUUACACAGUUCAUGGUGCCCAUUACUAGUGCAUUUGAUAGUGUUGGAAGGUUACUGGCUCAAGCAGAGACACCAGUGUUCCAAGCAGAAGAAGCUAAGAAGGGAUUGAUAGGCCUUGCAAGAGAUUUAAGAGGCCUAGCUUAUGCAUUCAACACAAAGACAUCAUAUAUGAUGUUAUUUGACUGGAUUUACCCUACAUAUACUGGUGUUUUGGUUAGGGGUGUUGAAAUUUGGAGCCACGAUCCCCAGAUUACCACCCCAGUGCUCAAACUCUUUGCUGAGUUGGUGCAGAACAGAUCUCAGAGACUUCAGUUUGAUGUUUCCUCACCUAAUGGUAUCCUGCUCUUCCGUGAGGCUAGCAAAGUCAUUUGUACAUAUGGUUCGAGAAUCCUAGCCCAGGGAGACAACAUUCCAAAGGAUCAGAUGUAUCCCAUGAGGCUAAAGGGUAUAAGCAUCUGCUUCUCAAUGCUCAAGGCAGCACUGUGUGGAAACUAUGUCAACUUUGGGGUAUUUCGUCUUUAUGGUGAUGACGCCUUGGAUUCAGCCCUACACACCUUUGUGAAGUUACUACUCUCAAUACCACAGUCUGAUCUCCUGGUUUACCCAAAGCUGUCCCAGACAUAUUAUGUGCUACUGGAAUGUCUUGCUCAGGACCACAUGAAUUUCUUAUCAACCUUAGAACCCAAUGUUUUUCUCUAUAUUCUCUCUUCCAUCUCUGAAGGACUGUCAGCUAUAGACUCCACUGUGGCUGGGAAAACUCCGCCCACAAUUCAGUACUUGAACCCGUCAGCUGAACAUACGAUGGUGUGCACUGGCUGCUGUGCGACCCUUGACCACAUUGUUACUUACCUCUUCAAGUGCUUACAUCAGAAGAGCAAAAAAGGUACAGUGGACCUGGAGUCAGAUGCCCUUGUAAGGGUUAUGAAACACCAACCAUCCAUCCUGCAGCAAAUGCUAGCCACUGUCCUUAACAUCAUCAUGUUUGAGGAUUGUAGGAAUCAGUGGAGCAUGUCCCGUCCACUGUUACCACUCAUUUUAUUAAAUAAUGAGUAUUUUGGACAACUGAGGCAACAGAUUAUCAGUCAACAAGCACCAGACAAGCAAGGAGCAAUGGCCCAGUGGUUUGAUAGUCUGAUGGAGGGCAUUGAGCCAAACCUCCUUACUAAGAAUAGGGACAAAUUUACUCAGAAUUUGUCUGUGUUCCGCCGUGAUAUCAAUGACUCACUCAAGGGACCAGUGACUAGCAGUAGUGGCAGUAGUGGAAGUGAAAUGAUGACAUCGUGACGGCAACACUUUCACCAGAACGGUCUCCAUUACAAUCCUCACCAUAAUACCAGCCACCCCCAACAUCGUCGCCGCUGCUAUUCCCUCUCCACUACAACCACAAUAACAGAAUCUGCCAUAGCUAACACGACCAUAAAUGUUGUGGCAGAUACCAACAGCAACCAUUGUGCUCAUAUGUGGUUGACCUGAAUAUGGCCACGUGUAUUAAAAAGUCAUUUUGACUUUCCCAAGUUUUGAAUCAUAUUUUGUAAUUCGUAAAUUUUGCAAGG